AUCUAGGCUUCAAUAAUUGGAGUGUUUGGUCGUAGCGUUCUUUUGGGUAAUUAGAGUUUAAAUUGCAAGUGUCGGGAAAUCUUAUAUUCUUAUGUAAAGCAUCAGUUCUAGUUUUCCUCAACAACUAGAAGCAUUUUCAAUGUUCACCUAAACGAAGCCACACCACGUUUUUUUUUUCGUUUUUAUUUUUUGAAUAUUUUAUAAAAAGAACGGGUUUCUAUGAAUAUUGUUGUGCAUUUAUAAUAAUCAUAAAUACAAAUAUAUAAACAUAUAUAUAUAUAAAUAUAUAUAUGUAUAUAAUUGAUUAUUCAGUGUUAUACUUAUAAUUUCUACUCAAACGCCGCAGUAGCCGGUUCUGUUUCACAUUUUACUAAAAAAAUUAUUAAAUCUUGUGAUUUAAAAAGUUAUUGUAUUUAAAAAAGUGUAAGUUAUUAAAAGUCAUGCAUAAAUCUUCCAAACCUCAUCAAGAGGACGACAAAAACAAUUCGGACGUACAGGUUACCAGUUGUUUCUCGAAAAACGCUGGUGCAAAUGAACAAUUGGUUUUGAAACAAUCAAAUUCAACGAGAUCAAAUCCUGCAGAGUCUAAUCAACGAGCCAGCAGUAAUUUGACAAAAAAUUUUAAGAGCAAACUACCGAGUGCCUCGAAGCCCAAAUCGUCAAAAACAUUACCAACAUCCAGCAACAUGGAUGCUCAAACUACGACUAAAAAUGAUAAAAGCUCUACACUGUCCUUAUCCUCCACCGAUAAUUCAAAACAUCGUGCAAUGAAAACUCAAGAGACAAAAGAGUCAGUUCCAAGCAAAGGGAGCAAAAAAGAUAUGUCUAAACAAAAAAAUAAACAUGAGGAAAAUGCGGAAAAAGAGCCAAUUACUUCAAAUGAAGCUACAGCAACAUCCAACGCUAACGGUGCCGUUGAAUGUGAGAUCAUUUCAGAGCAAUCGCAACAGGUAACAGAAGAUAACUCGCCGAAAGACAACAAGGAGGAUAAGUUGAAUGCAGUAGAAACGCCAGAGGAGACUAAAUCAACAACUGAAGCUAAGGGGGAUUCGAAAAAAAAUUCAAAUGGUUACGAAACGAGCAAUAGCACUGAAGAAAAAAUCCAAGAAGACAAGCCCGUCUCUGAAAUAAAUGAGAACAAAGAAGUCGUGGAAACAGAACUCAGUACUGUGUCAGUUUCGCCAGCUACUGAAAUCCCUCAUAGCAGUGAAAAUUUAUCAGAGGUAGAAACUGUCGAAUCCACGACCUCAGAGUCUGUUCCAGACAAAGAUAAAAUGCAGCCGACUGAAGAUAAUCUGCAGUUAAAAGAAGAUGACGUAUCUUUCAUUUCCUACAAUUCAAACAUUAUGUUGAAAGAUGUGCAGAUAAAACUCAAUGAUUGUCUUAAGGACAAUUCAAAAUUAAUGGACAGUACCGACCCAAAUGCUUCUAUGUCUGAAUCAUUCAGAGAUAUUUCAUUCGGUCGCACAUUGCGGAAUAUUUCCGGAAGAAAUUCAAUCGGUCGAUUGAAACAUGUGACUUUACGCCAACGUCAAAUGUCCCCUAAUGACUCACUUUUUGUAAACACUUCGAAUGUAUCCUUGUCUCAGGAUCGCUCGACGUACAUAUCAGAGUAUUUCAAUUCUCCGGAUCAAAAUAUCAGUCGGUUGGAUAGAAAACGCAAAAUAACAGAAGAUGACGGAUCUGUGAAAAAAUUAAAGAUCGACGAAAGCUACAGUUUAUUAAAUACUUCACUUGAAUAUCUUAAAAAUCUUAGGAAACCUAUUCAAGUUUCCACUCCUAAUACGCAAGGUUACAAAUUCCAUUAUGAUAAAAGAACUACCAUCAGUGAUAGCACAACUGAUACUGCGGAAGAAGCUACUGAGUCUAAGAAGUGGUGUCUUAUUAUGUGAGACAAAAUAUAUAUUAUUAAUAUAUAAAAACGCUAUUAAUAUAAGUUUGUAAAAUUUAAAUAAAACUGAUAUUUUUAAAUAAUCGAUUUUAAAGAUUACACUAAGAUUAUGUUUCACAUUUGAUUCAUUUACAAACUUUCAUGCGUAAAUAAAUUAGUUUUUCUUUAAAAUAUUGUCUACUAUUGUCCUAAAAAUUAUUAUAUGUACGUUUUAUAUAGGUGAUAUUAUGACCUAGAUUAUGUUU